UAUACGCAAAAACAUUUUGCAUUCUACUUUGAAUUUGAAUUGUAUUUCCGCACACACGAAUCAUAUAAAAAUGAACAAUCAAUGCCGAUCCUGUGGGUCUGCCAUCUACAACACCAAAGGCAGGAACCUCUUCCAGCGGCAGAACGCUGAACUGUUGUCGAACAUCGAUCUGGUGACUGGUGUCUCGCUCAAACAGGAUCGGCAGCUACCCAGCUGCAUUUGUGCCUCUUGUGCGGAAUAUGUAAAUCGCGCAGUCGCAUUCCGAGCACGCUUCAUCCAGAAUCAGGAGAACUUUCUGGCACGUCGCAGGGAAGCUCGAGAUCCGCAGUAUGAUUCCGACGACAAAACAUCUGAUGCUGAACAGACAGCGCAGGAUGAUGACUCGCUGAUUGCUGCUCUGGACGAGCAGCUAAAAGGCAGAACUGAUUUCGACGAACCUGACGCUCAUGAGACGGCGCAGGUGGCCGAUUUGCUGAUUACAAGUCUGCAAAAGGAUCUAGGAUACGGCAACAAGAGCAGUGACACCGAAAACAUCGACGAGUCUCCGGCCCACCACCCAACCCCCAAACGCUUGAGCAAGAAGUCCACCACCAAGUCCAAAUCCAAUCGAUCCACUCCUCUGACUUCCAUCAAUGUUGAUCAAUUGGCAAACAGCAAUCCGUUGCCAUUCGCAAAGAAGAAGCCAUUUGAAUGCGAGUUUUGCGGCAAAGACUUUAAGAAUCCCUCAAAGCUGACUCGCCACUUGCCAGCGCAUACGGGCGAGAGAGCAUUCAAGUGUCAGCACUGCGACCGAUCGUUCACGACUCGGGGAAACAAAAUCCGGCAUGAGAGAACUCAUACCAGGGAAGGGGCCUUUCCCUGCGCCACUUGCGGCAUGUCCUUCUCCCAUGCUUUCGUGCUGAAGAAACAUAAUAAUAAAAACCAUACCGAAACGAGUGCAUAACUUUGCGUACAAAUAAUCCAUUCAUCCAUUUAAGCUUCGAUUACUUCUGACUUGAGUGUAUUGCGCCUUUAUUGAUGAA